UCCAUCAGCAGUGAAUCUUUCCCCUGUCUCGUCCCCAGCCACCAAUCACAGCUCGCCGGUCAGCACGCCCAAGCGGGGGCCUAUGGGCCCCAUCAUAGUGCCGCCGGGGGGCCACACCGUGCCAAGCACCCCGCCUGUGGUCACCAUUGCCCCCACCAAGACCGUCAAUGGGCUAUGGAGGAGCGAGAGCCGGCAGGCUGAUUCUGGGCCUCGGGGGGCGUCCCGGGACCGUCUAGGCACAGAGCCCGCCCUGGCCCAGGAGAAGGGGGGGCCCUCCGUGCCUGCCCACCUGAUCGGAAACCCCUACGCCUUUGGCCUGGCCCCCGGAUCCGUCGUACAGGACUCCCGAUUCCAGCCACUGAACCUGCCUCGGCAGAUUUCCCACGUGGCGCCCCCUGCAGGCGUCCCGGAGGAGUACCUGCGCAGCUUCAGGCCCUAUGCCACAGCGGAGGAGCUGCGCAUGUCCUCGCUGCCCCUGGGCCUGGACCCCGCCACGGCUGCAGCUGCUGCCGCCGCAUACUAUCAUCCCGGCUACCUGCCCCACCCCUCAUUCUCCGCAUACAGGAUGGAUGACUCGUUCUGCCUGUCCUCACUGCGCUCGCCUUUCUAUCCCCUGGCAGCGGGGGGCGCCCUGCCAUCCCUGCACCACUCCGCCAUGCACAUGCACCUGCCCGGAAUGCGUUAUCCGGGAGACCUGGCAGCCCUGCAGUCUGAGAGGCUCCAGAUGGAAGAUGAGCUACGACUGCGUGAGCGGGAACGUGAGCGGGAACGUGAGCGGGAGAAGGAGAGAGAGCGCGAGGCUGAGCGGGAGCGAGAGCGAGAACGAGAGCGGGAGCGGGAGCGUGAGAAGGAACUGGAGCGGGAGCGGGAGAGAGAGCGAGAACGGGAGCGGGAGCGGGAGCGCGAGGCCGAGAGGCUGAAGGAGCGCGCCCGUGAGAAGGAGCUGCAGGCCUCCAAAGCCAUGGAGAGUCACUACCUGACAGAUCUGCACAGCGUCCGGGGAGCGGCAGAGGACAGAGCCAAGGCCGGCGAGCGGCUGACCCCCAACCGUUCAGAUAAAACCAAAGAGGCCCUGCUGCCCACCCCCAAGCCUGUGCAGCCCCCACUCCACCCAGCCCUGGCCGCCGCCCACCAUGCCAUGCCCAGCCUGCUCUCUGCCCACGGCGCGUACCUGGGGCCGGGUGGGGCGGCACCGGGGGCCCUGGCAGCUGCCAUGAUGCUGCAGCGCGCCAAUGAGGAGGAGCGCUGGCUGGCACGGCAGCGGAAGCUGCGGCAGGAGAAGGAGGACCGCCAGUACCAGGUGUCCGAGUUCCGGCAGCAGCUCCUGGAGCAGCACCUGGACCUAGGCCGGCCCGGCGAGGGGGCAGACCGGCGGGCGGAGGGACACCGGCCCCUUACAAACCACCAUGAGUCAGCCAGCCGCGACAUCCUCUCCCAUCUUGGAGCACCGCCGCCACUCAUAUCGCCCAAGCCCCAACUACGGGACCAUGCCCCGCCCUCGGUCCCGCCCACAACCCUGUGGAACCCCGCCUCCCUCAUCGACACUGCCUCCGAUUCCCGACGCAACCACGAGUCCCUGUGCCUGAGCAACUUCGACCCGAGCCGGCCUCCCCUGUCCCUGAGCAAACCGGAGCCCCCAGAAAAGGCGGACGACGGGGGCAAGAGGAAGGAGGGAGCUGAGAAGGGAGUGUCCAUUAGGGGGCCUGGCAUCCCAGAGUCUGGCACGUUCCUCGCGGAGCUGGAGAGGUCUGCACAGACCUUCCUCAGCCAGCAGAGGGCGCCUCUGUCCCUACACAGCCAGUACGCCGACUUGAGCGGUCCUCAUAAAUCCAGUGGCCCCCCCAGGGGACUUCAGGGGCCUGCCCGGCCUGGGGUCGACCCUAUGCUGGUGUACGACGAGUUCCUGCAGCAGCACCGCCGGCUGGUCAGCAAGCUGGACCUAGAGGAGAGGAAGAGGAGGGAGGCCAAGGAGAAAGGCUACUACUAUGACCUUGACGACUCCUAUGACGAGAGCGAUGAGGAGGAGGUGCGAGCGCAUCUACGUCGGGUAGCGGAGCAGCCCCCCCUCAAGCUGGAUGACUCCUCAGAGAAGCUGGAGUUCCUGCGCAUGUUCAGCCUGACCACGCGCUCCCACCGCGACGAGCUUCUGCAGCAGAAGAGGAGGAAGAGGAGGCGGAUGCUUCGCGAGCGGAGCCACUCCCCCCCGGCGGUGCAGAGCAAGCGGCCGGCUCCGUCCGUGCCCCCCCUCAGCACCCGCUUCACAGCUGAGCAGAUGAACAGCGCCCCCGAGCUGGAAGACAAGAAGAAGUUCCUCACCAUGUUCAGCCUGUCCCAUGUCAACAUCCAGCAGAAGAGAGACAACGAGAAGGUUGCAGAUCUUCUGCACGCAAUAAAACACAAGACGGUGACCCUGGACUCCAUCAGACACACGUCUCAGCCUCUCUGCAAGAGCCCGACGGCCCCACAGCCUGGUCCCACAGCAGACCCGCCCUCCAGCGAAUCUGACAGGCAGCUCAAUGUGGGACCCCUCAGUCCCCUGCCCCCCGAGGCCCCGGCUGAGCAGCGGCGGGUGUCAAGCGACGGUCCACGGGCCAAGGAGCCCCCCCGGCCCCCCCCCCUCGACAAGCCUAAGCCGAGCGAGGGCCCGUCCGCCAAGAAGAACCCCAGCCUCCUGAGCAGCAUCCGGCCCCCCCUCAGCAUGAAGGAUGGCCCCCACAGCCUCAACGGCAAGACCAAGCCGUGGGAGAGCGUCACGGCCGAGGAGUUUGCACAGCAGUUCCACGAGUCCGUGUUACAGUCUACCCAGAAGGCACUGCAGAAGCACAAAGGGACCGUCGCCAUCUUGGCCGAGCCCAGUCACAAACUAGACACCUCGGUGCGCUACAACAUUCCCGAGCUGCAGGGCCCCCCCAGCCGACAGCCCCCUGCUCAGCCCAACGGGCAGCACUGCCCACUGCCGCCUCGCCGGGAAGAGCUGUCUGACGAGGAAGACUCCGGAGAUGAGGAAGAUGAGGAGCAGGAUGAGGAGGUGCAGACUCCACGGUGGCAGGGCAUUGAGGCCAUUUUUGAAGCCUACCAGGAGUAUAUCGAAGAGCAAAGCAUCGAGAGGCAGGUGCUUCAGAGCCAAUGCAGGAGGCUAGAGGCUCAUCACUACAGCCUGAGCCUGACCGCGGAGCAGCUUUCACACAGCAUGGGGGAGCUGAUGGCCCAGAAGCAGAGACUGGCCUCCGAGAGGGAGAAGGUCCAGGCUGAACUGGACCACUUCCGAAAGUGCCUGACACUUCCAUUGGCUCAGGGGUCUAGGGGAUACUUCAAGGGCUACCCCUCCAGGUGACCCGCCCCCCCUGCGCUCCUGACAUCACCCCCUGACCCCGCCCCUGCCACCAUACCCCCCAAUGUAGCUCAAGAGUCUAUUUUUUCACCUGGAUUACUCAGAAAAAAAAAAAGGAAAAAAGUAAAACUCUUCCCUGCGCAAAGGACCCAAGCGACAGCUGGCCGUGAACGUGCCAUGUGCUGAGGGGGGUGCUGGA